AUGGACUACAAUAUAAGUCGACUGUGCCGUGUGUGCUUGGAGGAGGGAGUAUUCACAUCGAUCUUUAGCACCGAGCUAGUUCCGAUGGCACCCGCUAAUAUGCUCGUAAUGUGUUCGAACGUAAAGGUGUCGAGAGAUGAUGGUCUACCAAGUACUAUAUGCAACAACUGCAUGUACCGGCUAGGGGUGGCUUUUCACCUUAAGCAACAGUGUGAGAAUUCUGACAUGAGACUGCGCCAGUACAUGAACGGAGGCUCUGCCAUGAACUACAGCUACACGAUGGAGAAAGAAACGAUGACGGACGAUUCGUGGCUGCUGUCUGGGAUGGAGCAUAAAAGCGAUGAACAUAAAUCAGCGGAAAAGAAAUCGAACAACAGGAAACGAUACAGACCCAAGCUGCCGGAAGAGCGCAAGAAGAGAGGCCCGAAACCGAUGCCGAAGAUACCGCAAACAUGCUACCAGUGUCAUAAAUCGUUCAAAUGUGCCGCCCAGCUACAAAUGCACUUGAGGACACAUUCCGGUGAGAAACCGUACGCGUGUAACAUUUGUCCACGACGAUUCGCACAAAAGCAUAACCUUGCCAUCCACGUGCGUACGCACACCGGCGAACGACCGUACCAGUGUGAAAUCUGUAGCAAACAAUUUUCGGCGCUCGGGAACUUUCAGGCACACAAGAAAAUACAUACCAACGAGCGGGACCACGUAUGCCCGUCGUGCAAUAAGGGAUUCAUCACGUCGGGCGAUUUGACGCGGCACAUGAUCUCACACUCGGGAAUCAAAAACUAUCACUGUGAUAUAUGUGCCAAAAGCUUUAGCCGUAACCGUGACAUGAUGGCACACAAACGCAAGAUGCAUCUGAACGAGUGUGGCAACGAAAGCUACAAAUGUCACGAAUGUCACAAAGUGUUCGCUACACUGAACAAUCUCAACGGUCACAUGAGGGUACAUGCGCCGGAUGUGAAUGGUUCGGUGCCGGACCCAGUUGGUGAACUGAUGCCACCGACACAGGCACAGCAGCAACAUCAACACCAACAACAUCAGCAGGUUCCGGUUGCAAUUGCACUACCACCACACGGACUCGGACCGCCGGGACCGCUCGGUGUUGGUUUGGGUAUGUUACCGUAUCCUUCCUCUCACGUCGCAACACAUCCACCUGCCCAGGUAGCUUAUCACAGCCAGAUGCAUCCAUCCCAACGAUUGCACCCGUACUGA